GUGUUCAGUGUGUUCAGUGGUCAUUGCUACAUGUCAGUAAGUGGCGGUAAAGAACAAGUGAAGUCUGCAAACCGAAAGAAAGAAGAAAGUGAAGUUUUCCACCAGAGGACGUGUUUGUCAAAUGGCGCACAGUCUGAUGCAAUUAUGGACGACAGUGUUAUUGUCAGGAGGAGGGACAGUAUGGAUGGCAAUCGGCCCAACUUGAGUGAUUUGAGGAUGGUUCUGCUGGGGACGAAUGCUUCAGAAAACAGUCGAGUGGGAAACUUCCUGUUAGGAAGAGCAGCGUUUGAGACUGAAGAACCUCCAGAUGUUGUAGAGAGAGUUGGAGGAAAACUAGAGGACAAACACAUGACAUUCAUUAAUGCUCCUCACCUGCUCCAGCCAAACAUCUCACUCCAUCAGAUCACGCAGAGAGUGAAAGAGUGUGUGUAUCUGUCUGCUCCAGGACCUCAUGUGUUCAUACUCAUACUGCAGUAUAAUAACUUCAGUGAGGAGGACAGAUACAGAGUGAAAACUGUGCUAAACUGCUUCAGUGAUCAGGCCAUGAAACGCACCAUUCUGCUGACUACUGAUAGACAGACAUAUAUGUCCAUGUUUAUGUCUAUGAUAAAGACUAAUGCUCUUCAUCAGUUAAUAAAGGAGUGUGGAGGAGGACAUCUUCACUUUGAUGAAAGAAAACCACAAUGGCACUAUGAGAUGUUCCAAAGAGUAGAGAAGAUACUCAAGGAAGAAAAUGAAGAAUUUCUCAAAUGUGAGAUACAUGAAGGACCAUCAGUGCACGAAGAGCCGAGCAGAUCUGGAGAUUCAGUCAGAAGAGAUGAGAAAUAUGAGGAAUCUACUCAUGAAGAGGCUGAAGAACCCCAAAAGAGCCAUAAACAGGGAGGUGAUGGAGUGUCCAGUACUGUUUCUGGAAAAGCAAAGCUAAACUUGGUACUAUGUGGAAGUGAUGCUACACUGAAGGCCUCCCUAUCAAAACAUCUACAUGGAAAAAUACCUUCAAAGGAGGAAGAGAAGCUACAUGAACAUCUGAUCAAUGUAGUGGAGCUUCCAGCAUUUUGUCAGCUCUCAGAAGAGGAAGUGAUGCGUCAGUCUCUCCACUGUGUGUCUCUCUGUGAUCCUGGAGUUCAUGUUUUCCUCCUCAUUAUUCCUGAUGGUCCACUCACUGAUGAAGACAAAGCAGAAAUAGAAAAGAUCCAAAAGAUAUUUGACUCCCGAGAUCACUUCAUGGUGCUUUUUACCACUGAUGUCACUUUUGAAGGAUCGGUGACAGAUUUCAUAAAGUCCAGCACAGAAUAUCAGACAUUAAUCAGCCUCUGUGGAGGUCGGUACUGUGUGAUGGCCUUAAAGGAACAUACCACACAGAUCUCAGAGCUGCUGGAUUACAUAGAGAACUUGAACACUGAACCCUAUUCACUUCAGAUGUAUGUGAAAGCUCAAGAGAAACGAGUCAGACAAGAAACAGAGGAGAAAUAUAAAGAUGAACUGAAGAGAAUGGAGAAUACAAUCAAAGAACUACAAGAGAAGAUUCGGCCAGAGGAUGUAGUUACUUCAGAAACGUCCUACCCAGCAACUCUGCAUGUAAUUGGUGGAAGUGGAGGAAAUCCAUUUUCAUUCACUGGUAAGAAGAACGGUGCCAGUUUGGAGAAGAUUGGGGUAUGGGUGGGAUGGUGGCAGGUGAAGGCCAUCAGAGUCUGGCUUUCAGAUGGGACAGAUCAGACCUUUGGAGAGCCAUUAGGACCAUAUCAAGAGUACACGUUCCAGCCUGGUGAGCGUUUCACCUCUCUGUCUCUGUGGGGGAACGGAGCUGGAACUCGUCUUGGAGCCAUCAAGUUCAAGACCAGCAGGAAUGGAGAAUUUUUCGUGCAAAUGACAAGCUGGGGAUUGCAAGAAGAAUACCCUAUCGAUGUCGGCUCUGGAGUUUGUCUGGGUGUUAAAGGAAGAGCUGGUUCAGACAUUGACUGCAUUGGAUUUCUGUUCCUACAUCCAGUUCAAUCAGUAGUUCUCACUAAUGUCAAGUAUCCCACCAUUAACCAGAUGACUCCUCAAGUGAUGGUGGAAGAACUCAAAUCUGUUACUUACAAGAACAACACCUCUGUCAGUCUAACGCAAACAAUUGAACACUCAGUGAAAGUUACUGAAAUGUCCUCGUGGUCUGUGAGCAACAAUUUUAUGGCAGUAUUUUCUACAGACGUUCAGGCUGGGAUUCCAGGAAUUGCAGAAGUUUCAACAGGAUAUUCUUUUACCAUUGGAAUAGAAAACACUUACGGUCAGGAUCAGACAGAUGAAAGAACGGAAACUCUGUCUUCAGAAAUAGAGGUCCCACCAGGGAAGAAGGUGGAAGCUAGAAUCACCAUUGGCAGAUCCAGUUUUGACCUGCCGUACACUGGGACAUUAAAGAUCACAUGCAACAAUGGCAGUGUGUUACAGUUUGAAACCAGGGGCCAAUAUAAAGGUGUAACCUACACUGAUAUCAAAGUAAACAAGAAAGAAUCUAAACGAAGAAGGGGAAGCUUUGAUUUCGAAGUUCCAAAUAUGUCGCUGAGACGGAUGGUGAUGGUGGGGAAGACUGGAGCAGGUAAAAGCUCUUCAGGAAACACCAUCCUGGGCAGAAGAGUCUUCAGAGCAGCUAAAGGAGGUUCAUCUGUAACUAAAGAGUGCUGGAAAGAGACAGGAGAAGUAGCUGGAAGAGAGAUCGUUCUGGUGGACACACCGGGUCUGUUUGACACUGAAAUAUCAGAAGAUUAUCUGAAACAGGAGAUCAGUAAAUGUGUGAACAUGACGGCACCAGGACCUCACGCCAUCGUCCUGGUUAUUCAGCUGGGUCCAUUCACAGAAGAAGAGAGACUCUCAGUGGAGAAGAUCAGAGCCAUAUUUGGAGAAGAAGCAGAUAAACACACCAUCAUCCUCUUCACUCACGGAGAUGAACUGAACAGCACUAUUGAGGAAUACCUCAGUCGAGCCAGUAAAAACCUGCGAGAACUCUUGAGUCGAUGUGGAGGAAGAUAUCACGUCUUCAAUAAUAAAGACAUGGAAGAUCGAUUUCAAGUUGUGAAGUUCCUGAAGAAAGUUGAUGAUAUGGUCACUGUUAAUGGAGGUGGAUUUUACACCAGCGACUCUUACCAGGAAGUGGAGCACAUGCUAAAAACAAAAGUGGAGGAACUGAAGCAACACUAUGAAAAGAAACUACAAGACAUACAAACAGAGCUAGAAUCCAAAUGUAAUGAAGAAAAGAGAGUCUUGCAGGAGACAAUUGAUGCACUAACAGCAUCUGAACUGAAAAAGGAAAAGAAGAUCAAAGAGUUGGAAGAGCUGAAUAAGUUAAAAAAGUUUGAAAUCAUUGAGUGCAAACGUUUUUAUGAAGCAAGGCUCAAAAAAGUGAGAGAAGAGGCAGAACAGACUCUUAUUAAUGAGAGUCAUUUAUUGGAGAUCUUCACCAGGUUACAAAGUUAUCAAAUCUAAUCAUACCCUUGUUUUAUGUUGUAAACAGUUCAGCUCAUGUAUCUAAGUAUCUACACUGCCUGGCCAAAAAAAGUCACCGUUUGGAUUUAAAUAAGCGAAUACUUAAGAGCGUAUGAUUGGAUCAUUAUUGCAGUGAUUAAUAUGUUUCAUCUGGCAACAGUUCCUUUAAUCCUAACUGAUGCAGUGUGUAGCUUCUCAUUUCUUAAACAACCAUGUCGGAAGAUGUAUCCCGUGGUCGUGGAAAAGAUGUUACUGAGUUUCAGAAGGGGCACAUUAUUGGAAUUGUGUUAAGAAUACUGUAUACUGUACAGUGUAUGUUAUUAUUUGUAUAUUGUUGAGUGUAAUUAUGUGUAUAUCAGAUGUUUAAAUUGUGUUGUGUUAAUUUGAUGUUAUUGUAAAUUGGUAUAUGUCUCAUCACUGUCACGACUGCUAUGUUGAUCGGAACUGCACCCAAGAAUUUCACACACCAUUGCACUUGUGUGACAAUAAAAGUGAUUUGAUGUGAUUUGAGAACAGUCCAACGCAUUAUUAAAACCUGGAAGUAUAGUGGUGAACUGUCAGCUUCACGGAAGAAAUGUGGUUGGAAAUAAUUCUUGAAUGAUCGUAAAUGGAGAAGUCACACCGUAUUAAAUCGACAGUAGAACUCACGGCUAUGUUUAAUAGUGAAAGUAAGAGCAUUUCCACACUUUACGGAGUGGUUCGACUCUCCCGUCGGCAGUUUAAAGAUCUCGGAUAAAAAUGAAUGCAACUCUGGCUGGAAAUAAAUGUUGUGACGGUGCAUAAGAUUGUUGAUACACUGCCAAGAUGAAUGCACGCCGUAAUCAAAGCUGAAGACGGUCCAACAAUAUAGUAGAGUAUGCAACUUUCUCUUUGUCCAGGCAGUGUAUAAAGGCCUUUUAAUUUCAUGAGAAUGAUUUACCACAGGGGGCAUACGAUUAUGAUAUUAUCACUUGUAAAUAAUGUGGCAGUAUUCGGUAAUAUGGUGUAUCAUGAUAAUUAACAUUCACAAUAUUGUUAUCGUGGGCACUUCAAAAUAAUUCAAAUUCUGUGAAUAAUUCUAGAUAAUCUAUUAGCCAAACUGUUUAGAUUUUUCACUGCUUCUAUGCAGCGUCAAUGUGCAGUUGUGAACACUAAUACAAACAAAACUAACAUGGAGGACAAUAUGACUGAAAGAGGAACACUGCUGACCCUUUGAAAAGAGUUACAUCGGAAGUGUGGAAGUAUUUUGGGUUCCAAAAAAUACAGACGGAUUGUUCAAAUACAUGUUUACUUUAUACAUUUAUUCUUUUUUAUUGUGUAUUUCAUUAAUGUUCAAUGUUUAAGGUUCUUUUCUUUGUUAUAUGUUCAUUUAAAAGGCCUAUUUGGUAUUGAAAAAAGUAAUUUUUUUCAAAAAUCUGUUAUUAAGAGAACAACAAUCAAGUAAUUCAAUACCGUGAUAAUACCGUAUACUGUGAUAAAAGCUUCAGCAAUUAUUGUGAUGUGAAUAUUUGAUACUGUCACAUGCCCACUUGCAAAUAAUGUAAAUAUAUAUUUGCACUGUAAAUCGUUUAACAGUGAAUUGCAUGUCUGUUGAAUGUCACAGUAAAAGUGCUUUUGGGAAGUGGGAACUUUUUAUUGAACUAUGUGAGCUUUCUUGGGGUCAGUGGUGGCUCAGUGGUUAAGGCUCUGGGUUACUGACCAUAAGGUCAGGGGCUCAAGCCCCAACACUGCCAAGAUGCCACUGUUGGGCCCUUGACCCUAUCUACUCCAGGGGUGCUGACCCUGCACACUAAACCUAGCUUAGCUGGGAUAUGUGAAAACAAAGAAAUUUCACUCUAUAUAUGAAAAAUGUAUAAUGUGUGACAAUAAUAAAGGCAUACUUCUAACUCA